AUGGCAAUCGCAAAUAAGAUGAGAAUCCAUGGCGACAAAAUGGCAGAUGUCACUAUCAUUGAGAAGAUUCUUCGUUCGAUGACAACAAAAUUCAACUAUGUCGUUUGUUCGAUUGAGGAAUCCAAAGACACUGACAGAGCAGAAAAUGAAUCGGCAAGACAAAGAGGAGCAAGCAUUACAAGCCUCAGCAUCAAAAGGAGGAGGUCAAGGACGAGAAAGAGGCAGAGGUGUCACAAGUUUGGCCACUACAAGUCAAACUGCUGUACUAAUCUAAGGAGAGAUGGUGGAAAGCAAUCCAAUUUUGCUGAGAAGGAAGAAGAAGUCUCUUUGUUGAUGGCUUGUCACAGCAAGGAGGAAACCCACAAGAAAUUCUUGUGGUACUUAGACACUUGUUGCAGCAACCAUAUGAGUGGAGAGAAGUUUGUAUUCUCUGAAUUGGAUGAAGCUUUUCGUGAUGUUGUGAAAUUCGGUGAUGGCUCUAUAGUCUCUGUUAUGGGAAAAGGAAAGGUAGCAAUUCAAACCAACAGAAAUUCUAUUCAAACUAUUUCUAACGUUCUCUUUGUUCCAGAUUUGAGAACAAAUUUACUUAGUGUUGGUCAACUACAAGAAAGGGGAUAUGAAAUCUCUAUCAAAAAUGGAGUCUACAGAAUUGAAGAUGAGAAGUUGGGCUUGAUAGCUCAAGUCAACAUGACAACCAACAGGAUGUUUCCAUUGUAUCUUCAUGACACCACUCACUCAUGUCUUUCUACAAGAUUGGGAGAGAAGGAAUGGCUAUGGCAUUUUCGCUAUGGGCAUCUUAGCUUCAACGAGUUGAAAACUUUACAACAAAAGAAUAUGGUGACUGGUCUUCCUCAAAUUACAGCUCCUUCUAAAGUUUGUGAAAAAUGUGUUGUUAGCAAAUAA